UCGCGCUGUGCAGAGCCCGGCCGGGAGAGGGUUCUGCCCCGGCCUCCCGGGACACCGUUCCGUCCCGGGGAAGCGGGGAGGAAAGUGGGGUCUGGGACCCCACCUGAGCCCUGAGGAGUCCAACCCCGGCCUUCUCUUCGUGUCCAAGAUCUCCCAUUAAAUCCACUAGGAAAGGCCGAGGGGGCAGGAUCCCCGCCCUCAGCUGGGGCGGCUCACGCGUGUCCUCGUCCCCGUGUUCCCGGUGUUUCCCGUGUCCCCUCCGGGACUCUGGCAGCCCCGGGCCCGGCGAGGAGGAACCGAGCAGAGCUGGGGUUUAGACACGUCCAACACGGCCCCGAGCUGGAGGGACACGGUGCGUGUUCCCAGUCUCACCUCUCACCCAGCACCCGCCUCCCAGCACAGCCCAGUUCACCAGAGUCCCCCAUGUCCUCCGUGCUCUGGUUCAUCCGUUGCCAGCGGCAAAUAAGGGUUUAAAGGAUUUGUUUGGGAGGUGGCAGCUGUUGCUGCUAGAGAUUGGAACCUGUGAUCCGUGGGAUCAUCAUCGCCUGCAGAGUCUGGGAACACUAAAGAUCAAGAUAAGCACCUGAGCUCUCCUUCCCUCACCAGACCUGUGAAGAUCCUGCAGCAGGGUUCGAGGAUCAGAGCAUGAUCCUGAAAUCCCUGGGGAAGGGUGACAGCACUGCCAAAUCAUAGGAUCAUUUAUUCAGGAUGGAAAAGGCCUUUAAGAUCAUCAAGUCCAAGCGUUAAGCAAGGGACCAGGAACAGAUGGUGGUCACACUCCUCUGGGGACAAAGCUGAGGAAGGAGCUGCUCCUGGAUAGGGAGCAGGACAGGCAGGAUGAGGCAGAGAGAGGGGUCAGCUCCACUGCUACAUUGUGCCCUUUGCCACUGGCCACAGCUCUGACUUUUCCCCUCCUUGGAUGGCCACUGUCCAAUGUCAGCACAGCCCUGACCUUCACCCUCAGCCUGGUGCAACAUUCAGGCUUUUCUGUCACAAAAAAAAGAGUGGGAAAGCAGAGCCUGGCAGCAGCUGCUCUGGGAAGAGGGGGCUGGAGUCCUUCCCAUGGUGGGCUGUGCCUUGUUGUCCUGCAGGUGAACAAAUCCGGGUAUGGAAUUAGAAAGCAAACAUGGGAUGUGGGAUGGGGGUAGGGACAGAGCUCUGGGAGCUCAUGUGCCCUCACCAGGCUUGUGCAAUAAGAAAUUUGGGAGAGCUGGGCCAAGGGCUGCAGAGCCCAGGGCAGAGCUGGUGAAAUAUUUAAGGUGGGGAAGGACAGACUUAGAGACGUGGAAUCACCCUCAUUGUAGUAGUGAGUACUUGGUGUGUCUGUAUCUCAUGCAAGAAUGAAUUAACCUCUUGUAUGUUCCAGUAUCCCACCCCUGUAAUUCUUAAUUUUACAAGGAAGGAAAACUGAGGCACAGAAAGGAGAUUUGCUUCACAUACAGCUUCCAAGUUGGGCCCUUUCCCACCCAGCUGUGGGUCUGCAAUUGCCCUCGUAUGCAGAGGAGACCAAGUCCAAGCUGCUCCUUAGCUUCUGGAAGUUACACUUAUGGUUGGAAAUUCCACAGCACCACCCAUUGUGCACCUCUGACCACAGGGAGCUUCCACAGCCCUUGGAUAACAGUGUCAGGAAAGAUUCCUGGAGAGUAGGUUUUUAACUGUUGAUGAAACUAGUUUUAAGGCCUCCAGAAAGAGCAUGGAUCCCUUUCUGUGGGCAGUCCCUUCCCACAUCCCUCCUCCUGCACCCCCGUCUCACUCCAAGACCCAGCCAUGUGGUUCCUGCUGCUGCACAGCUGGAAUCCCACAGACACAGCUCUCUGUGGAGCAUCCAACUGUUCCUCACGCCUGUCUCCAGCAUCCUCCAGACUAAACAAACCCAUUUCCUUCCAGCUGUCCUUGCAGGUCAUGUUUUUCCUACACCUCUGCUCAUUUUCUCCAGCUCCUCCCAGGAACAGUGUUCACCCAACAUCCAGGAGAACUAUUUCCCAUGUCUGGCACUCAGCACUCCUGUUUACAUAUUCCGGGCUCCCGUCAGCCAUAAGAGCUAGGAUGAAUGUGGGAACGGCACACAGCGAGGUGAACCCCAACACCAGGGUCAUGAACAGCCGUGGCAUCUGGCUGUCCUAUGUGCUGGGCAUCGGGCUGCUGCACGUCGUGCUCCUGAGCAUCCCAUUCUUCAGCGUCCCCGUGGUCUGGACUCUCACCAACAUCAUCCACAACCUGAGCAUGUACAUCUUCCUGCACACCGUGAAGGGAACCCCCUUCGAGACCCCGGACCAGGGCAAGGCCCGGCUGCUCACACACUGGGAGCAGAUGGAUUAUGGAGUCCAGUUCACGGCUUCCCGCAAGUUCCUCACCAUCAUGCCCAUCGUCCUGUAUUUUCUAACCAGCUUUUACACCAAGUACGACCGGAUACACUUCAUCAUCAACACCAUCUCCCUCAUGAGCGUCCUGAUCCCCAAACUGCCUCAGUUCCACGGAGUCCGGAUCUUUGGGAUCAACAAGUACUGAGCGGCAUGACCAGAGCGGAUGGCGGAGGAGCAGGGCAAAGGGGGGGUUCCUUCCCUCCAGCCCCAUUUCCUCUCCCCACGCAGACUGGGAUGUGGUUUCAGAGCGGCUGUUUAAACGCAGAUCCCAACAGACACAUUCCGCAUGCUGGAUCCUCGUGCCCAAUACAUCCAAACCAGCUCCAGAGUAGAGUUUAGUGCGGAGCAGGAUGCGCAACACCGGAUUUUCCUUAUCCCAGGGUCAUCAAUAGAUGCAAAACCACUGAGACUUUGAGGUACAACAAGGAUGAAUUCUGGGAAGAGUCUCAUCUAUUCCAGACAUGGAAUGUCGAGGAUAGGGAUGAGGGGAAAAGCUUUUAGUGCUGGUACUAUGGCUGUGGUAAAUGCACUUUAAAAUACAUUUCCCUUCCUGAAGCUGGGUGCUUUGAGCAGAAUGUGAGGGAAAUCCAAAGGGAUACAGCCAGACUUUCCCAGGACUGGAUUGUUUUGAGGUCCGAUUUCAUUUUAGGUGGGAAGUGGGAGGGAGAAGUGAAUGACAGAUACUUAUUUUGCAGUCAUUGACACCACUGAGAUGGGACAUUCUUUUCCUAAAAACAGCACAGGAAGGAAUGACCUGUAGUUUGACAAAACUUUUGGUUUCCUACAGGACCAUCCAUGUGGUCCAGGGAAAAGAUGGAUAAAUCCUAAAUCAUGCUUGUUAUUUUCAGUUUAUACCCAAAUCUGCCCAGGUAACUUCUCUCCCCACCCCAAAUUGCUGUUUUUAAGUGCACAGGGGCUCAGUAGGCAUUUGGAUCAAGGCCUGGGGGCAAGUAAUUUAAUGACAACAAAUGCCAUGGAGCUCCUUGGAACAUGGAUGUGGACAGGUGUGGGAGAAGCUGACAAUGGGCAGGUACAGGAGGAGGGCUGAUUGCUCUAAUCAAGCAUACAGCCGUCCUUGACUUGGAAUUCUUCUCACUUCAGCUCUUUGGUUGCUUAAGUGCAAUUGACUGGGAUUUGCCAUUUCUCCACAGACUCAAGGGUUGGAUUUCUGGCUUACCUGGAAAUCUGUCCCUCAGCUCCAUGCCCAAGGGCUGUAUAAGCAGCAGCACCAGCAGCAGAUGAAGUGACCAACAGAAGGAGUCAGUUGGUCAGUGAUAAUAGAUCCUUUCACAGAGGAACAAAAUCGAGUCUUUUUCCUCUUAAGUUACCACCUAAAUAAAGGAGGUUUAGGUUUCCUGGCUGAGACAGCUUUUACUGUUUUACUGAAAAUCAGAAAGACCUGAUUUUUCCUUUGGGUUGUGUUCCAGAUGGAAUGUGUUUUCCCUCACUCUUCCCUUGUAACCCCACAAAUACCUGUAUUUUUGUUGUCUUAGUGCUUAUAUUGUCUCACCUUUUUGACAAUGGUAUAAGUCUUUUAAAUCUGACUUUUUUUUUGUCCCUGCAGUAGCAAAUCCAGCUUUAGAGGUCAUGAUGGAGUGUUGAGGUUUUGGAUGGUCUGAGCAUAGGACAUGGAAGGGGGAAUUUCAGAUCUGUUACUAUUCCAUGCAUAAUUUUAGGCAAGUUGCUUCACUUCUCUCUCAGACUUCCUAUGGCACUGCUACAGGGAAGGGAAAACAUGGAGUGUACCUCAGAGGGCUGCUGGAAUGCAGGGAGAAUCAUUCCCUAAUGUGUUUGAAAAGUGGAAAUCCAAGUGAAAAGAAAGUUUUCAAGCAGGUAGGAGAAGAGUGUCUGGCUGGAGACUCCAGGGUAUUGGCAGAUGUGCAGUUUCCUUGAUGGGCAGUUUAAGCCUUCAAACCUAGGACAGAUGAGCUGCUGCUUUAGCUGAGGUACUCUCUACCCUAAUCGGCUCUUUAGGCUACUAGACAAUGAUAAUUGUGAUAAAAAUAGAGAUAUUUCAUCAAUCAGCUGGGAAAUACACAGACAUGAGCAGUAAUCCUGCAGAAGAGGCUGCUCCAAGGAGGGGCAGGUCCUGACAGGGUGGCUGAGGCUGGACCUGAAAUGCUGAUUGUGGUGCUGAACAGACCUGUCUGCCCAGACACCACUUCCAUCUCCAGGGGAAAUUAAAGAAAACUAAUUAUUGUCAUAAAAAACAUGGGAAAGACAUCUUUUUUUGCAACAGAAACAGCCUCUAGAUGCUUUCAAACAUGGCUCCUCACAGACAGACAUAUGCUGGGUAUUUCUAAGCAUAUGCACAUCACAGAUUUGUAAAUUUAGAAUAAUUAUGAAUUGAAAUGAUCAGCUUUUUUUCUUAUGAGAUACAGGAAUUCCCAGAGUCUCCCUGAAGGCAUUAACACAGCUGUGGGUUUGAACACUUGUGUGGUCACUGACACUAUGGACAUCUGAACCUGUUUCCUUAAAUUAAAGAUCAACUAGGAUGCAGAAUGGGAUUAUAAAUUUAUCAAACAAGCAGAUUCUAAUGCCUAAAGCCCUAAACUUGUAAUUAAGACUCUGCCUAGCAACAAAAGUAAACAUUCUUUUGAUUUCUCUCCUUCACACAAAUGAUCAAAACGGCCAAUGCCAGAGUCAUGUGACACUUCACAACACAGGUGCAGCAUUUUUCCAUGGAAUAACUGAGAUUAACUUGUACUCAGUUAAUGCAAUCAAGGGAAACAUAAACGGAAACAGAAGAAAUAUGGAUAGAAGUGAGUUGAAAAAAGAUUUCAUGUUCUGUUAUGGUAAGUUAAGUAUCUAUGCAUGAUUAAUAAGUAUUUGAACAAUUACACUUAGGAUAGCAUCUUCCUUAAGAUCCCAACUUAAGGGUAGGUGUCAGGAUCAAUCAAAAAUAAAAAGCAGGAAAUUAAUUAUAAUUAAACAACAAUUCCUGGCUGUACCUGAUGCACUCUGAAGUGAAAGGACAGCAUGAGCAGUCUGAGGGGUGGGCAGAUGUGUCCUGGCAGGGGAGAGAUGAGGGGUGAAGCCACAUUGUGGGAGGAUAAAUGAAACGUGAGCAGAACUUCUUUGAGUGGAGUUUUCCCCAGGUGCCUGCAUGGAGGAGAUAAUUGAUUGCUACUGAUUGUAAAUGGGAUUCUGAUUACAUUACAUCUGACAGAUUUACUCUCACACUUGUCCUGUAUCAUAAUCAGGACAAGUCCCUACCUGGAGAGAUUAACUUUCCUGUGAUGGAGAAACAAAUCCUGGUAAGAAGGUAUUUUCUGUUUUGUUCUGCAAUGAAAGAAAAGCUUUUGAAAGGUUGGAAGCCUUCUCAGGAACUGGCAGCAGCCUGUCCCAUCUUGUACUUGGCAAAGCCUCCUCAGCCACUGUCAGCACCACGCACGUAUCCACGUGGGGCGUUACAGCAGCCCCUGCUCCAGGGCACUCAAAACCAGCAAGUCCUCCCAGCCCGGUGCUCCUGAAUCAGGGAUCCUGACCUGGGAGUCAUUUCACAGAACUACCAGCCUGGCAAACAGUCCAAACCUUUGCAGGAAAAAGCCUCUAGAAUAAACUAAAUGGAGGGCUACUAAUUCUCAAGUACUUUUAUGUUUGAAUCACUGUUCAAUUUUGGGUUGUUUUUAAAAGCUCGGUACUGGCCCUCGAGCAGGGGACAGCAGUGGGUUAACACAUUAAUAUUCUUCCUUGUGACUUAUGUUGCUUUAGUAUUGCCUAGAAUAUCUUUUAAGCAUGUGAGUGUUGGUGUGUCCAUAUCCUCCUUGGAUCAGUUAAAUCAGCUGAAUUAGUUGGGAGGGUUUUUUAAAGGAAUGUUCUGUACAAAGUUUUAGGGCUUUUUUCCCAUGGCCUUCUUUUUGCUGUGGAGUCUCAUGUAGAGAACUUUCUAAAAUAAAGUGUGAAUAUUUUUAUUACUCCUUUGUACAGUAUUCUAAGAGAGACUAAUAAAAGUGAAGUAUUCAGGUAAAAAGUU